AAUUUGUAUUUAAGCCUGUUGCAGAUUGAGUAACGUCAUCAGUUAACCAACUGCAUUCAUAGCAAGCACACACAAGCACUUUCACUCACUCACACCACAAAAAAAAUGGAGAGCGAUAAGAUGAUUAAGCCCACCGUCUCGUAUCAUUUGUUCUUGUACCGUGAGGAGCUGGCACGACGCAAUGCUCGCCAGCUGCGACUUUCGAGAACCAAGAUUGACAUCACCGAGGAGCUCAUCUCGAGAACUGUGAAGAACAUCAAAACCUGCAGCAUGGAUGAUCUUAAAGCGGUCAACCGUGAGCUCGUGUUCAAGCGCAAGCUGCGCAAUCGAGUGUCCAAGCUGCGCAAGGAAGCCAAGCUGGCCAAACAAUGA